AUGAUUAAUAAUUUGUUAGUCAUUUUGGUCGCAGUAAUAUGUUUUAUACAACUGAUAUUGUAUAUUUGGUCUAAAAGGCAUAUGUAUUUAUUAUCGUUAAAACUGCCAGGGCCAAUUUCACUACCAUUUAUAGGAUGUGCAUAUAAGUUCUUAUUUAUUGAAACAGAAGAUUUAUUCAAAGAAAUUUUAAGUGUUAUUAAUAGCUACCCAAAAAAUCCAGUAAUACGCUUCUGGCUGGGUCCAAAUUUAUUUUUAAUAUUUAAGGAUCCUGUCCACGUGGAGAAAAUUCUGAUUUCCACUAAAGUUAUAGCUAAGGCCGACUUACUAAAAUAUCUAAAAACAUUUGCAGGAGAAGGACUAAUUACAGGGUCAGGUAUUGAAUGGAAGGUGGCCAGAAAACAUAUUCAGCCCCUAUAUGGACAAAAAUUUGUAACCGAAAGCAUAGGCAUUAGUAACAAGCAUAUUAACAGAUUUAUGGAAAAGCUAAUGGAAAGAGUGGAUAAACCAAAAUCGUGCAUUCACCAUGCCAUACAUUUAUGCGUUGCUGAUAUUAUUGGAGAAGCCAUAUUGGGCGUAGAAAUUGGAGCACAAAAAGGAAGGAAUAAGGAAUUUAUCGAUGCCAGUAUAAAAUACUACGAUGUAGUUUAUCCGAGACUCGUAAAGCCUUGGUUACAAAAUGACUUUAUAUUUUCAAUGUCGCAUCUGAAAGAUAAAACCGAUGUCUAUAAGGCUACCAUGAAUAAAUUUAUGGAUUCUGUGGUAGAAAAUACAAGACGUAUAAAAAAAACUGGAAAGUCUGUUGUGAUAGAUAACUUUAAACCGUCCAUUAACGACUUAGAUAAAAUAUUUAUGGAAAACUCUAAAGUGUUGAAUUACCAAAACUAUUUACAUAACCUUAUAACUCUUUAUGCUGCUAGUGAAGACACGGUCGCUCAAAUCGCUGCAGCUACUUGCUUUUGUCUAGGAAUGUAUCCUGAAUGUCAAGAGAAGGCGACAGAGGAAAUCCGGCUGCUCGUGGGGGCGAACAAAACGAACAUAACGUUUGAUGAUGUUAUUAAAUUAGAUUACUUGGACAAGUGUGUUAAGGAAGCGUUAAGGUUGUUUCCGAUCGCGCCUUUUAUUGCCAGAAAAGUUGUUUCCGAUUUUCAAAUAGAUAAAUGGACACUGCCCUCAAACGUAUCAAUUCUAAUAUCAAUAUUUAGUUUACAUUUAAAUCCAAAGGAAUGGGAACACCCAAUGGAAUUUUAUCCAGAACAUUUUGAUUUUGAAGCAGUUGAAAAAAGACACCCUUACUCUUUUAUUCCGUUUAGUGCAGGGCCUCGAGGCUGUAUAGGAAAAUUAUAUGCUCAAACUUCUAUAAAAGUAUUGCUAGUAAAUAUUCUGCAAAGAUUCAAGAUAGAAGCGGAUGGUAAAUAUGUAGAUAUUUACAAGCAUUUAAGAGCUGACAUAUCAGUUAGAUCUAAAAUUGGUUUUCCUGUUAAGUUAACAAGAAGAAAAUUGUGA